AUGUCCUCUAAACCUGUCAUUGCUGUCAUUGGCGGCAUCGGUGCUCAGGGCACCUCUGUUAUUCAAGCUCUGGCAGAGGGCAACAAGUACACCGUUCUGGGCCUUACAAGAUCCGCGUCCCAACCUAAUGUUGCAGAGCUUGCCAAACUUCCGAACGUCAAGAUUGUAGAAGGGAGCUGCUUUGAUGAGCCAACGUUGUUCAAGGUCUUCGAAGAAGCCGAAUAUGCCUACGUGAACACCAAUGGCCCUGUUAUCGGCCAGCGAAAUGAGACAUACUGGGGAAUCCGCAAGCUUGGAGACUACAAUAAACAAUUCAGGUGUGGCCAUACAGAUGGCAAAGGUCGCGUUGCAGAUUUUAUCAAGUCACAACCCACGACUCCCAUGAAGUGGACCAUCCACGCCACCGUGCCGUAUAUCGAGCUCUUAUUCAAUUUUUUCGGCCCACGCCGCUAUCACGAAACCCCCGAUGUCUUCAGUUUCACCUCACCCAUGGGUGAUGUACAAGUUCCUCUGAUUUAUCUAGAUGACAUUGGGAGGUACGCGCGCUGGGUUUUCGACCACCCCGAGCGUAGCUCUGGCAUGGAUCUGCAAGUUUCGAGCCUGAAUACUACUUGGGAUAACAUUGCCAAGGUAUUCACCGACGUAACGGGCCAGAAGGCAGAGCAUAAGCGGCUCACAAUUGAGGAGUUUAUCGAUCUUUAUCCAGGCACCGACAAGCUUUUGGGCAAAGACUUUGACCCGCAUGACCCAACUCUGCUACCAAUGAAGCAAAACUAUUCCGGCAUGUUGACAAUGCUAGCGUCAGGCAAGGUUCUUGACCUUAUCAACUACGAGCUAUUGGAUGAGAUCUUGCCGCAUAGGCUAAGAAGCUUGGAUGAUUGGAUGCGUAGAACUGUAUAUACAGGAGAGUACAAGCAAGUGAUCAAGCAAGAUUGGUCUCUUGGCGGCAAAUAG